CACUCCAGUUAGUCGGCAGCAGGCAGAGCAUGAGGCAGGGCACCGCGCAGCUUUUUUUCCCGGUUGUUGCCACAGAUCGCAGUUUUUUCGCAUGCGCUUCCCCUUUUGGCUUUUGUUUUGUUUGGGAUUCGAUUCGAUUCUGUGUUGCAUGACAAUUUGUGUGAUUUAAUGUGAGUCAUACGGCUAAAAAACAAUUCAAAACAAACAUCAAUUCGGUUUAAGUGCAAAUCAAUCAACGAAAACAUCAGUUAAGAAACAAAGUAACAAAAAAAGAAUGUGGUCUAAACACUUGAAAGGCCAAAAAGGCCCCCACUAAAAUGGCAACUGUUGAAAGCAAUUAAAAGUACGGUUACUGGCAGCAGCAGCAGCAGCAACAACAACAAAACCUGAAAUAGUGGAAAUAGCAAAUAAAAAAAAUAAAACACUCAACGACAGAAAUACAAAAAGGAAAAACGAAAAACGAAAGAAAAUGUCAGCCCCACAGCCAAAGGAUACGGCAUUAAAGACUAAAGAUACAGCAGUUGCAACACCAGCAGCAGCAGCUACAGGUCUGGCUGCAUUGCCGCCUCCGCCAAGUGCCACUGCCACUGCCACAAAACCAACAACGGCAACAACAUUGACAGGGCGGAAAACUUUAACCUCCAGUCGGGCAUUGUCAUUGUUUGAUCAGCUGAAAAACGGCGUCAAUUUAAACAGUUUAACAAUUGGCGCCACAGCCACUGCCACAGCAACAGAGCAGGCGGCAACAUCCACUGCCACAGCAUCCACAGCAACAUCCACAUCCACACCCACAACCACUGCCCUGGCACCGCCUCCAGUGCCAGUGCCAGUGCCCUUGCCACACUCGAAUAUCGAAUUGAAGCCGCCGGCCAAGCCGCCCCGCAACACAUUCAGCACGCCCAGCAGCAUUGGCAUUGUGCAGGGUACCAAAAGGGGGGCCAACGCUGAUGGAACGGGCGCUGCAGCCACACAGUCGUCUGCAUUGGAUAUAAACGCAUUGCGAUCUCAGCUCUAUCAGGGCGCCGCAGGAAGAGCAGCACCACCGGGAGGAACCACACCAGCGGGAGCCACAGGCGCAGCUGGCACCGCAGCAGGAGAUCGGGGGGGAAGAGGCACGAAGAAGCGUUGCCUGGAUCGAUACGAUUCGUCAGAGUCAUCCGACAGCGGCGUUGCCACUUCGCUGAGCUGCGCGGACUCCAGCACGGGCUCCAGUGAGGAUGCGUCCGAGCCAGGCUCCCCGUACAGUGCGCACUCGCAACUGAGCGACGAACAGCUGACCAAGAUGCCGCCCCAGAUACUCAGCGGGAGCAGCAGCAGCAGCACUCCUAGCGGCAGCAACAACUCCUCCACAGCGUCCUCCACGUCCCACGGCAGCGGCCCGACAGCGGCGGCGCCUCCAGUUUCGGCCAUUCCCACACACGGCCACGCCCACAUCCACGGCCUCAGCAUCAGCACUGCCAAACCCACAACGAUGCCGAUGGCCAUGUCCAGUUCCCAGGGGCGGCAGCCCAGCAUGCUGCCCACCCUCCAGUGGCCGUGGAACACGAACCUGGGCAGCACCUCCACCGCCGUGCCUGCCGCGGCGGCCAACAAGAAGCGCCCAGCGGGAGGACCAGGAGCGUGCGCCGGCGCCGCAGAGGGGAGCAGCCCGGCAGUGGCGGCGGCGAAGAAAAGUCGCUGCGAGCCUCAGGCAGGCAGCGACGCGAGCAAAAGACUGAAGGCGGCGGCCCUCGAGGAGUCGCAGACCAAGAUCACCGGCUUCUUCAAGUCCCAGAUGAAGCCCACGCCGGGGGGCAAGCUGUCGCCGCCACCCAACGCCAGCACCCAGGCCCACUCCAGCACAGCCCCGGGACUGCAGCCGGCCAACACGCUGACCAUGAGCACGCCCGCCACGACAGCCUCCUUGAACAAGUACUUUAACAUUUUGUCGCAGCUGAAGGAGCAGAAGCAGCAACAGCAACUGCAGAUGCAACAGCAGGCAGCAAAGCAGGCCACGCCCACUCCCACCCCCACCCCGGCUGCCCUGGCGCCGCCACAGCCGAAUGUGAGUGCAACGACACCGGCACCUGUGCCACUGCCCCUGCCAGUGCCCGCCAGCCAGACGACGAGUCUGCCCGUUCCCGCCCUCAAGAAGAUCGAACGGAGCACCAAGCAGCCGGCGAAGAUCGCCCAGGUGGCGCCCAACCUGCGCAAGACGCCCAACAACGGCAGCAACCACAGCAACUCCUCCUCCAGCUCCUCGUCGUCCAGCUCCUCGAACGGCUCCAACAGCUCCCAGCACACGGGCAAGUCGCCAGCCAAGAAGCACGUGGCCAUCGCUCCGCGAACGCCCGAGAUGAAGCAGCAGCAGCAACAACAACUCCAACUGCAGGCACAGGCCGGCAAGGCAGCCAUGGCCUACCGUCCGCCGGGCACGAGUCCGGCGCUGAAGCAGAAGAUCUCCCAGGCCAGCAGCACGGCCACGUGCACCGCCAUCACGCAUCCGACGACAACGGCCGCCCCGAGCCCCAAUCCCAAUGCCAAUCCCACGCUCUACCAGCUGCCCGUGCAGCUGCCUAAUCUAGUCCAGCUGCCGCCCCAACUGGCGGCCGCCGCCAACAUCAUGCAGCUGAACAACGUGGCCAAGGCAGCCAUGGCCACCGCAGCGAACAACAAUGCGGCCGCCGCCCAGGCGGCCCAAGCUGCCCAGGCAGCAGCAGCCCAGUACUUCCUCAACGGAACGGUGUUCAAGCUGCAGCAGGUGACCACGGCCACCACGACGACGGCGACAACGGCCACGGCAGCGGCCUCCACGGGCAAUCCCUUCGGUCUGCUCAGCGCCAACGAGCUGCAGGACCUGCUGAUGAAGCAGCAGCAACAACAACAGCUCCAGCAGCAGCAACUCCAGUUGCAGCAGGCGGCGGCAGCGAAGGCAGCGGCGACCACGCCCUCGCCCAACAAUGCGGCCAACUUCCAGGAACUGUUCCAGCAGCAGAUUGCAGCCGCCAUCCAGCAGCAGCAGCUGCAGCGCCUGGUGCAAGGAGGAGCCGCCGCCGCUGCGGCCCAGCCCGUGUUCAUGGCCACGCCGGCAGGACUCCUGCUCAACGCCGCCACCUUGCCGGCCAUGCUCGCCCAGGCGGCGGCAGCCAUUGCGGCCAACAACCAGCAGCAGCAGCAACAGCAGCAGAAAGUCGCCGCCUCCCUGGCCCUGCAGCAGCAGCAUCAUCAACACCACCAGCAGCAGCACCAACAGCAACACCAGACCCUGCCAGCCCUGCAGCCCAUUCCCGCUCUGAGCUCCAUCUUCGAGCCAUCGACGGAGCAACAGCAGCAGCAGCAGCAACUGCAGAUGCAACAACUCAUCACUGCCAGCAACAACAACCACAAUGCCUCGAAUAAUCUAAGUAGCAUCAACAGCACUACCAUGCAACAGCAGCACCACCACCAGCAGCAGCAGCAACAGCAGCAGCAACUGCAACUGCAACACCGUGCGAUUGUGAAGCCUCCGAGGCUCAGCUCCAGCCAGCCCCCGCCGCUGGUGACCAUCUCCUCCUCCUCCUCGUCGUUGGCGCAACCGAACUGCUCCCCGGCAUCAUCGCCAGCCGCCAAGAGGGCCCUGCCCAGCGCCAAGCCGUACCAGAAGCGGCUCACGGCAAAGGGCGGCAAGUUCCCCACGGGAUCGACUUCCAUCAUUGCCACGCCCACGACGCCACCGCCACUAGUGCCCACAUCGGCGACCAAAGAACUGUGUCAGCUGCGGAAGAGCACAACUCCAGCCGUAACCACACCCACGCCCGUUCCCGCGCCCACCACAAGUAAUCCCACGCCGCCGCUGGUGAGCAUUGCUACGCCGAAGCUGACGCCCACUCUGAGCAUGGCCAAGCAGAUGCCGGCCAUGAAGUUUGGGGCCACUAGCAUCAGCACCAGCUGCAGCAGCAGUGGCGGAGGCGGUGGCGGUACACCCGAUCUCUUUGACCUGGUCAAGAACUCGCAGGGAGCCAUCAGCAUCGUGGCCAAGGCGAGCAACCAUCCGCUGACGCCGCUGCCCUUCAGCUCGCCCAGCAGCAACAGCAGCAGCAGCCUCCUGCGAUCCUCGCCGGCGCUGUCCAACUCCAACUCGUGCACGCUGUCGGCCUUCAGCAAGAUCAAGGCGGAGCCCUCGGAGGAUUCGGCCUCUGCCCUCGUGGCAGCCAUCUCGCAAUGCUCCUCGGUCUCCUCCCUGGCCUCGCCCAAGCCCCAGAGCUUCGCUGGCCAGCUGCCCAGCAGCAGGGGAACGGACGUGGUGGUGAAGCACGACCUGCUGCCGGAGUGCAGCCACAGCCACAGCAACUCGAACUCAAACUCCUGCAGCAGUUACUCCAACAGCGUCAGCUCCGCGGCGGAUCUCUCGCUGGAGCCCUCGACGCCCGCCUCCCUCAGCUCUCCCUCGCCGGCGCCGUCGCCCUCAGCAGGCAGCAGCAGCAGCCGGAGGGCCGCCAGUCAGACGGACAUGCUCAGCGAGAUGGUCACCUCGUCGUGCAUCUCCAGCGGGGGCGAGGAUUGCUCCCAGACGACCACAGACAUGACACAGCCGCCGCCGGAGAAGAGCGAGCCCACAGCCACGCCGUCUCCGAUCGCCAGCAACAGCGGAGGAAGCAGCAGCAGCGGUAGCAGCAACUACGACGAGGAGGACGACAAGUCGGUGGGCUCCUUGGAGACGCAUCCGACGCACAAGCGGCUGCGGGACCUGCCCACGCCCGAGUCCGGUAUCGGGGGCAGCCUGAGCAACAGCGAGAGCAGCAACUCCAUCGCGGAUGGCAUGUCUACCAAAUCGGUAUCGGCUUGCCCGCCCACCACUGCCUCAUCCGCGUCCGCCUCCGCCUCGGACACCAACUCCCUGGCCAGCAACGCACCAUCGCCCGCCGCUCCAGACUCACCGGACUCCAUCUCGCCAUGCCCCACGCCGGCCAGCAGCACGGACACGGUGGUGGACACGGCCCUGGCCGAAUCCGCGAGCAAGAGCCUGCCCAAGUGCGCCAUCUCGCCGAUACUCUCGCAGCCAAAGACCAUCCGGUUCCCGGCAGGCGCCGGGGCCGGCGGCAAGGGCGGGAAGCGGCACGACGGCGUCUGCUACUGGGACAAGUGCAACAAGAAGCACGAGAGCAACUCGAAGCUGCUGGACCACAUGCAGACGCACCACGUGAACACCCAGACGGGUCCCUUCGCCUGCCUCUGGGUGGGCUGCAAGGUGUACAACAAGGAGUCGUGCUCGCGCCGCUGGCUGGAGCGCCACGUCCUCUCCCACGGCGGCUCCAAGCAGUUCAAGUGCAUUGUCGAGGGCUGCGGCAUAAGGUUCGGUUCACAGCUGGCACUGCAGAAGCAUGUGAACAACCACUUCAAUGCCACGGACAACGUCAAGGAGAGCACCAGCAAGCGCACCUCCGAUCCGCCCGUGCCCAAGCAGCUGCGGAAGAACGGCAAGAAGCUGCGCUACCGCCGACAGCCCUUCUCAGCUCGCAUGUUCGACUUCUUCGACACGGGCAUCAUGGAGGGGCUGCAGCACCGCCUGCGCCAGAUCAGCACGCUCACCAACGGCGCCCAGGCCAUCACCUUCCAGGGCCAGUGCCUGAUGCGAAGGCGCAACAGCCAGGGCGGCCACGACUGCUUCGUGCGCUGGUCCCCGCGCGAGAUAAUAUCGGACGAGUGGUUGCCCGAGUGUCCGAACCGGACGCGCUGCCACACGAAGGUGCUGCACAUCAAGCAUAUGCGUCCAGCGGAAAAGACCCGCGUGGACAGCCUUCUGAGCACGGCCUUCAGGCUGCGCUAUGACGCACAGCUCUUUGCCGACGACUACAACGUGAACGAACUGCAGGAGAUGGGCGCCAGUGACUGCGAGGAGGAACAGGAUGAGGAGGAGGAGAAUGAUGAUGAGGAGGACGACGAGGAGGAGGACGAUGGCAUCUCCGCGACCGUCAGCUCGAGGACUGCCAGCAGUGGGACCGUGUCCAGCUACCAGCAGGUGCUCAGCAUUGCCAAACUGCAGAUGCAGCAGCGCCGCAAGCACCCCCGCAAGCCGCCCAAGAUGGUGCCCGUGGCGCCCACGGAUGCUCUGGUGCCCAUUUAAGAAAACAGAACCACAAGCAACCGAAAAGCAAAAGUAUUCUCUAAGUAAUUACACACACACACACAGACACACACACGCAUACACGCAGGAUGCAAAACCACAAGCGACAAACGAGUAAACAGUGACAACUAGAAUAGAUAUUCUACGAUCUAAGUUAAGCCAUCGUACCAUAUACUAUAUAGAUCUAUAUAUACACACACACACACACCAUCUAGGGUGCAGAUCCCACAGACAAACAGGGCCCCGCUUUGUUCAGUUAGUUAGUUGCCCCCCCAAUUUUCCAUUUCAUAUAUUUACCAUUUGAUCGAUCAUCCUUCGUUCGCUGUACAUUGUACAUACACAUACACAUAUAUUUCGGUUAUAAGUAAGAGGAAAUCCGAGUCAGAUACUGUGGCCACCUUAUCGCAACCCACCCGCGCGUUCGAGCAACUGUUAUGAACAAAUGUCUUAAGUUGUAACGUCUCUAGUUGUAGGUUUUUAGCGUUUAGUUAAAUGUACAUUUUGAUAGGACCCAUAUUUAGUAGGGAGUAUGGAUAAUGGAGUGGACAAGACUUGUUUGUUUCUAAUGUAUUUUUAUUAGUUUUUCGUUUAUCCACGUUUUUUUUUUUAUUCGUUGCUUUCCGUUCCGUUUCAUUUCGUUUCCAUUGUUGUAGUCGUAACUUUAGGACCAGGCCAAAACUUCCAAUCACGCACACAACCCACGACGCGGUGGUCAAAGGGUUAACUUUAAAGUA